GACAGAGAACUCUCAGAAAAGCCGCAGCGGUUCUCUGUGAACUUCCUGCAGGGAAACGAGCGCAACAUGCCCGCUACAGCAGCAGCUUCCACCGGAGCCGACCCCACUGAUCUCCCGGUGGAUUUACUCCAGUCCGGAAGCCCGACGCAUCAGAAGCGGACCGGGGUGUAUUAGAAUGUUGGCAAACUUAUUAUCUGGGGUAAAUGUGUAAUUCAGAAGACCGCGUUCCUGUGGGAACGGACCACAAGCAGCAGCAGCAGCACACCGGGCUCUGCUGACCACCAGAGCUUUUUUCAUUUUAAAGGAUAUAUCGUUGUAAAUAGUUAAUGUGGUAAUUCAGGCUUCAGCUCCCGACGAUGAGUUGGUUUGGUUCUCAUCUGACUCCUUUUGGACUGAUUAUAUGGACAGCAGCGCGGAUCGAAUCAUUUUGAUUCUAACGUUUCUCCCUCAUGCUGCUCCUCCGGCUGACCUGGACGCUGACCGCCGCCGCGGGCUGCUUCCUGCUUCUCCACAACCACCUGCUGAGUUACGGUCAGCUGGUGGCAGGAACCUGUGAGAUCGUAACUCUGGACCGAGACAGCAGCCAACCCAGGACAACAAUCGCCCGUCAGACAGUCCGCUGUGCAUGCAGGGAAGGACAGAUUGCUGGGACAACACGAACCAAACCGGCCUGUGUUGAUGCUCAAAUCGUCAGGAGUGAACAGUGGUGCGAAAUGACUCCAUGUUUGGAUGAUGAGGGUUGUAAUAUCCUGGUCAAUAAAUCGGGCUGGACCUGCACACAAACGGGAGGCCGACUAAAAACUACCACGACUGGCACUACUGCAAAUCGACCACGUGUGACCACUCCAGCCCAAGAUCGCCACAUCCGGCUCGUCCAUCUGCAGGAUCGGCUAAGACCAGCGACACACAGCUGAUGAGACUAUUGGUCUGCACAACAGAUGCAUCACACCUCAGACUGUCUCCUAACAGUGGCAAAGAGGACAACAGAGUAAUUCUUGCUAUUGAUUAGCUGGCCUCUCCAUGAAAAGAAGCGGACUUUUAAGAAAAGAGCAUGUUGAGAAAGCAAAAGGAAUCUAUUGCCCACACAACCUGGUUAGAACAUUUCCCGAAUGUGAAUGAGUGAAUGUGACUCUAGUGUAAAGUGCUUUGAUCACUCAAAGCGCUUUACACUGACUGGAAAAGCGCUAUAUAAGUUCAGUCUAUUUACCAUUCCCUGCGCUGUGUGCUUUUGGGUCUUGCACUCCCAGAGCAAGCCUAGAAGAAUGUCACAGAGGUGGCCAAAGAUGGCAUGAAGGAGAUCCACCAUAAUUUGAUGUAAUCCAAAACCAGCAUGAGUAACCACAGUGGAGCUUAGAAGUCUACAUAUACUCAUCACUUGUAUAAAUCUCUUGAUAUAUUUGGGCUUUUUAUCAUGCUCCUGAAAGAUACUUUGUGUACCAUCUACUCAUAUCCAAUAAAUUAAAAUACGUGUCCCAAUGAGUCUUGUUUGUCAGAUUAAAAGUACCUUUUUGUUGGGAUCUGGGGUUGUUUUAGUUUGGUGUUCCUUAGGUGUUUCUAUUUAGUCUAAUUUAGUUUUCCACUUUUGUUCUUCCUCAGUGAUUAUAGGAAUGUUUUGCUUAUUUAUGUUUCUUUAGUCUAAGUAAUUCUUUAAUGUUAGAAUUAUUUCCUGUUCCCUGCCUGGCUCUGCUGUGUCCCGUUCUCCUCAGUCUGCCUUCACUCACACCUGCAAUCAAUUUACUCAUCAGCCCAGGUCUUUGUUCAGAUUUCUCCUUCCUGGUAUUUAAGUCACUCUCUUUCAGACAGUAGUUGCCAGUUCAUCUUGUUACUCUCCUCGGCUUCCCUGUCUUCUCCUCGUGUCUCCAGUUUGGCCUUGUUUUGGAUUUUCCUGUUGGACUUUCUAUUUUUGUAAGUUGGGGUUUUUUGUUUUGUUUUGUCAUUAACUGAUCUAUGUCUCUUGCCUGCUGCAUUUGGGUCUGGAUUUAAACACGCAUCAUGACACUUCUGAAAAUAUCAAUCUUUAAAACAGGUACUAAACAUAUUUCUCAUUAUGCCCACUUUUCUGUUUUUUAAAAAUGUUUUUUUUUAUUGGUCUAAUGUAAUAUUCUUAUUUUAAAUAUCAUAAUUUCAGUAGCUGUAAGUGGAAAAUUGUAAUUGAUAGAAAUAAAGGGUUUCAAACAUC